CGGAAGUGGAUUUCCAACACUGUCAGGGAGACCGGAAGCAGGAAGUGGUUGCGACAGCACCAGCCAUGAGACUACCGCUAUUAUUUCGGCCCUGCAGUCACGUCUUCCAGGCAUUUUUCGGUCACUUUCCCGUCUUCAGACACAAACUGCUCUCUCGUGCAGCUGCCUUACCGCAUUUAUCCACGUUGAGAAAAACGAUGCACUAUCAAAUCGAAGAGCGAGGCAGCCCAAACACUACAGAAUACCGGAUUUAUUUUAAAAACUCCGAUGGAAACUACAUUUCUCCUUUCCACGACAUUCCACUGAUAGCUGAGAAAGAACAGGGCAAUGAUAUGCCGGCAAAGAAGGCCAAGAGGAACAAUAGUGAGGUGCUCUUUAACAUGGUGGUGGAGGUGCCACGCUGGUCAAACGCCAAGAUGGAGAUAGCGACAGAGGAACCGCUGAACCCCAUUAAGCAAGACGUAAAGAAAGGCAAACUCCGAUAUGUUGCCAACAUAUUUCCUCAUAAAGGUUACAUUUGGAACUAUGGCGCCAUCCCACAGACAUGGGAGGAUCCCAACCACGUAGACUCGGAAACAAAGUGCUGCGGUGAUAACGAUCCAAUCGACGUAUGUGAUAUCGGUAUGCAGGUGUGCACUCCUGGUCAGGUGAUCCAAGUGAAGGUACUAGGAAUUUUGGCAAUGAUUGAUGAGGGUGAAAUGGACUGGAAGGUCAUUGCUAUCAAUGCCGAGGACCCCGAUGCCGAAAUCCUAAAUGACAUAGACGACGUCCGCAAGAGCCGGCCUGGUCAUUUAGAGGCCACUGUCGACUGGUUCAGAAAAUAUAAGGUUCCAGAUGGCAAGCCUGAGAACCAGUUUGGAUUCAAUGCUCAAUUUCAAGAUAAGGAUUUUGCUGUGGAGAUAAUCAAGUCCACACAUGAGCACUGGAGGGCACUAGUGCGGGAUCAAACAAAAUGUGGUGGGAUUGAACGUAAAAAUGUAUCAUGCUGUGACAGUCCAUUUAUAUGCAAUGACAAAGAGGCGACAGAUUUGAUUCAGUCGGCCCCUGCUUUUGGUUGCAAACACAGUGUUCCGUCAGAGGUGGACAAGUGGCACUUUGUCUGAGUGAUUUGGAAAGGAUCAUGAACACACUCGUCAUCAGUAUCAAAAGUGCAGUAUGUGUACUGAAGGGUUUUUUGGAACUGGGAGGCUGGCACUGUCAUCUUUCAGUGCCACUGACGGCAUAAACGUCCAAUCCAUUUGAACUGGACAUUUUAAUUUUUUUAAAUAAACAAGAAAAAAAUGUGUGUGUGAAGUUUAAUCACAGAUUAAAUGUUUUGAAUGCAGUGUCAUUUCCUUUUGUUGUAAUCAUUAUUAAUCGAAAAGAGGUAUUUACAGCGAUCCAUCGUUUUUUACGGUUAAUGGGGACCAGAACCCGCCACGAUAAGUGAAAAACCGCAAAGUAGCACCCCCCCAAAUAGUGCGUUCAAUGUAUUUAUUCAAAUUUAGCACUGAAAAGAGAUGUGAAGACAUGUUUUUUGUCACUUUUUUCCCCAAAGUAUAUUUAUAAAAACUUAUGUAUAUAUACUGUAUAUUUUAAUAAAUGGUUUUUAAGAACUUCAAAUGUAAUACAGUGGUACCUCGACAUACGAUCGCUUCGACACACGAUCUUUUCGACAUCCGACGUAAAAUUUGACAUGCCAUUUGUUUCUACAUCCGACCACAUGCUCGUAAUAUGACGAUUUUUUACAAUACCGCAGUUUUUGUUUUGCCGGAAGACGGAUACACGGCUGAUUUUCUUGUGAGAGAAAUCAACGCUGGAUCCAAAAAGGUUAGCGCAGGUGGAGGAGAAAAAGGUGAGGCUUACCAUUGAAAUGAAGAUGUAAAUGAUAGCAAAAUAUAAGCAUGGUGUGUGCAUCCAUGAACUGGGUCGACAAUAGAGCCGUAGAAUGUCGGCCCCGGCGGUCCUCCUCCGUUCGCCAGUCUUUAUAAGUUAAGGUGACAAUUCAUGUUGUGGUAACAUCACCAAAGAAAUCGCCAGCUUUGCCAGGUUUCUAAUAAUUUAUUCCAUCAAUUUGUGCAACACUGAUGCCAGCAUCAAAACAGGAAGUGAAAUAGAACCGCACUCUCUUGCUUAGCGUCUAGUCAGCCCUGCGGUGCGUUCAGAUACAGUAAAAAAAAAGUCAGCCACAGAACCCGAUUUGUUACAUUAAUACAGGUAUUAUUGUUAUUACUAUUAUCAUUAUUCUGAUUUUUAUUCAUAAUUUAUUUGUUUUGCUCUUUGUAAUUGCUAUUUGCAAUAGUAAGAGUAGUAUUUAUUAAGGAUUUAGUGUAGGUUUUUGGGCUAUGGAACAAAUGAAUGGAAUUAUAAUCUUGUGGGGAAAUCCUGCUCGACAUAAGACCGUUUCGACUUACUUCGUUCCAGGACCUUGUUUGUAACUUUGUAUGUAGAGGUACCACUGUAAUUAUAAGUUUUAAACAAGUUACUGUCUCACAAAAUUGUUUUUAAUCAAGAAUAAAGUACAAAAUGCUUGUUUUUAUUAAAUGCGUCAUUGAGCGAGUCCACUCAAAUCCGCUCAAGCUACUCACUUACAAUGAGUUGCCUCCGCAACUGUUUAACAAGUUAAACAAUGAUUGACGCAUGCAGCGCUUUAAAGUUUCGACUUCCCAGCAUCCCUGGCAAGAUCAAACCUUAACGUCUGUCAAUCAUCAUUAACUUUAUUAAGCAACACCAGUGCAAUGUGUGACCAAGUAAAGCAGCAGGAGCGAGAGUGAGAGACAACGUGAACGGAUCGGGACAGUUCUAUAGAAUACUGCAUGUAUUUAUUUCUUGUUAGAAAAAAAAAUCUGUUUAAUUGAAAAAAAAUCCGCGAUGGACUAAGGGCGCGAAGUUGGCCGAAUAUUGUUUUUUGCAUUGAAAUAAGACUAAAAAUGAGGAGGCCGUCUUGUAUUCGCGGUCAAGACAUUAUACCCAUUCAGAUAUCAUUGAAGCAAUGUUUUGUCAUGACAGAUUUCAGCUACUCUCCCCAUUCACGACGCUAGACGGCGCCAGAUAUCAUUGAAGCGAUGUUCUGUCAUGACUGAUCUCAGCUACUUUAACCAGUUUGCAUUAUUUUAUUGCAAUGUUUCUCCUUGUUCAGAUUUGUUUCAAGACUACAGUUACAGUUAGACUUUGAAUUUUGUUGUUUUACCACAAUAGCUUGGUUCAUUUACAUUUCAAAAACCAGAAGCCAUUCAUUUACUAAUGUGAUUGCACUUUAGUUUACAUAUUUAAAUGUUCAGAUAUUAAGAUUUGAAUGAGGCAAAAUAACAUGCUUUUUCUGUCAAAUAUAUUUUUAUAAAUAAUCAUUUGUUUCGGAUGUACUGUAAUUAUUUUCUGUAUAAAAAUUAAUUUGGUGUUCAAAAAGUCUUUUUUCAAACUUGAGUCUUGAAAAAGAGGGGGUCGUCUUAUAAUCAGGGCCGUCUUAUAUUCGGGCCAAUACGGUACUUUACUGUGUAUCCAACUUUACAUAUCUUUUAAUGGUUUCUUGACUAAUGACCCUUUGUAUGAAUAAAUGCAUUGAGGGAUGGGAAUGCAACAUGUUUGCCUUAUUGACUGAUAAAUAGCACAGACACACGCCCCCCUACACACACACAUUCUCAACUCGGGUGUAUUGAUAAUAGGUGAACUGAUGUCUUUUCACAAGCCAAAUUGUUUUAAAUAAAUAUAAAUUUAUUGGAGGAAAAAAACACCCACAUCUUGGCAAUAUCAGCAAUGAAAUAACAGCUUUAAAAUAAACUGCAUCCAGUACAUUACAAUACUUACAGUUUUAUACCAAUUUUGAAUCCAAUUUUUUGAAGCAUUCAGGUGAACAAGGGAAGCUUUGAGAAAUAAAACAGGAAAUAAGUGAUUUAAUAUCCGCCUGCGAAAAAAAAAAAAAAAAAAUGAACCGCUAGUUGUUUGAGCUGAGUACUUGUAGUACUCUUGCUAUACCCAUUCAAGUAAUGCUGACUCAUAAUCUUCAAGUAUGGCUCUGCUGUUUUUCCUUUUACCUGCUGAAAGUCUUAAAUCUCCUCACCACAACCUGCUACUGUCGCUGGGCACUGUACAAUGAACAGAUUAUCACUCUGGAUUUUACAAACGCAAAAAUAUAAAUUCAAAUGUUCGUCGAGCUAGCAGUAAACAUCGUGUUGACAGUGAGUGUACUAUUUACAAAGACUGACGUUCUUUGAGAUUUGAUCUGUAGCGGGUCAACUUGCCUUGACGAGAACCUACAUCCCGUUCUGAAAAUGUUAUUUUUGAUAUGCACUUUUCAAUGUGAGAAACUCAUUUACACCCUGUUUUAAAUAGAACAUUUUGUACUUUAUUACAUAUAAUAUUUGUUUUUUUUUUUCCUGAAAAAAAUUUGAAGUGCUUUCAGAAAACGAAUUUGUUAAGCUUGGGUGAAUUGUUACUUUAACGUUACAGUCAUUCUGAUAUAUAUCACAUUAAUUCAAAAAUAAAGAGACGAAAUCAUACAAUUGCUUAGUGGUUAUAAAUAAAUUGAACUAUACACAGGCACAAAGACGAUACUGCCUUGGUCUUGCCUCAUAAAAAAUAGCAACAAAAAAAAAACUGCCCUUAAUUAUUCGAUGUCAUACUUUCCCUUUAGUCACAUCAGUGCAUAUGCGUUGUAAGGAAAAAAAACACCAUCCUACUAGUUAAAAAAAAAAAAAAAUCUUCCUCUGAAAAUCUGUGUGACUUACUUUAGAAAAGUUGAAGCGGGACACAAAAUGCAAUGGCACGUCCCUGAAUGAGGAAACAAGACAAAUGCAGGCAAAAAUGUACAUUUUCUUUUUAAAUGUCCCUGAUUUUACAGUAACAUUAAAAAAAAAUCAAAUUUCUAGCAGGUAGGUACAAAAGUAAGAGGUUAACUUUCCCGCCUUUUAGGUGGCAUGCAGUUAAACUGUAACCAAAAAAUAUUUAAAGAAAUAUAUAUUUUUUUCCUAUUGCCAAACUGGUUUUGAGGUAUACGACUGGUUGGUACUGUACAUUAUUUAACAGCCUUCUUCUCACUGCUUAAAGAGUCUCACAUUGUAUGUUUUAACAGGUUGAAUAGCACCCUAUGAAACAAGAUCCAUUAGAACACAAAGAUAAACAAUGAAUUAGGCUUUUCUCAUUCUUUACAACAAACACAGUUCAUUACAGUAAUUCCAGAAAGGGAAUUUAACUUACUGUACAGAUCUCACCUUUUUAUCUUACACUUAGAAUACAAUAAACAAAAGAAUCCCCAGCAAGCCAGCUGCCCUCUGAAGGUGACACCCGAGCUGACCCUGCCUCAUGCUCCUCAGUGUAUAAAAAAUUACAUCAAACUAAGCACCACAGACAUUAAACUACACUUAAUUUUCACAAUUCGGGCUGGUUCAAUGAACCUACCGAAAGGAACAUUUUUGCUGACAGUAAAACUGGAAAACCUUGCAUAACAAAACCUUGUUUUUUUUUUUUUCUUUGUCUUUUAAAUGGUAAAAAUGCACCAUUUGAAUGGCUCAAUGUGUAGAACAUACAGUGGGGCAAAUAAGCAUUUAGUCAACCACUAAGUGCAAGUUCUCCCACUUGAAAAGA